AUGCCUAUUGGGACGCACGUACUACUUUGCAACCUCGGUUUCGUCGCACAGUCGAACACGCUUCGUCCGUACCUCUCCUGUGUGCGGUCCACGCUCACCGCCGCGUUGACGUUGGACAACUUUGCCUCGCAAACGGUGGAACGGCACAACGUGCCCGAGAUCGAAGCUGCUUCCUCCCUCGAAGUCCUCUUGACACCCCUUACGAUCAGUCGCAAUGAGAACGAGAAAGUCCUCAUCGAACCCUCCGUCAACUCGAUUCGCAUCAGUAUCGGCAUCAAACAGGCGGACGAGCUGGAACGCAUCCUCGCCCACAAGUUUACGAGGUUUCUCAUGCAACGCGCCGAAGCCUUCGUCAUCCUCCGUCGCAAACCGGUGAAAGGAUACGAUAUCAGCUUUCUGAUUACCAACUUCCAUUCCGAAACCAUGCUAAAGCAUAAGCUCGUGGAUUUCAUUAUCGAGUUCAUGGAGGAGGUGGAUAAGGAGAUCAGCGAGAUGAAGCUCAGCAUCAAUGCAAGGGCCAGGAUUGUCGCCGAGAGCUAUUUGUCACAGUUCGCAUGA